CUGAUGCCAAACGGGGUCUAAAUUAGAUUAGACUACAAUAAUUGUGGCACUCCAUCAAAAAAAAAUAUCAGCCUUCAAUUGAAAAGAGAGGAAGCAAUUGGAUGGGUUCAAUAGAUUUCAUACUUUUCAUAAUUGCGGGACAAGUAAACACUUUGCGCUCCUCCUUCUUCCCUUCUUUCUCGGGUUUUUACUGCAAUUGGAUGGGUUGAAUAGAUUUCAUACUUUUCUCGGCUUUCCCUUGAUGGAAUCGAUCUCCUCGAAAGUCAAAAGGGUUAAUGAAUCAUGAGGCUUUACCAACAGAUAUAUAUUUGUAGUGUACUCAGUGACUGGUUCUUGUUCAGUUCGACCGCCCAUUAAGUCGAAUGGAUAGGUCAGACAGAUCAGGCUUUGUGAGUGGGGGAGCGGUGAGCUGGUAAGGUCUCGUCCUCUUGGCGAUACAACCUUGCGAUUGGAUUGCUUUGGAUAUGGAGAAAGUGAGAGCUCCUCCAUGGCUGCCCAGUGCAGAACCAACAGAAAUGUACUUGUGAAUAAUGAAGAAGAUGAUGAUGAUGGUUGCAGGUUGGUGCUUGGUCUUGGCCCAACCCCUAGUUUUCCCUCCGGCGAUAAUUAUUCUUAUUGUUCUGAUGGGGGUAAAAAAGACACUGGCUUUACUGCUCUUUUAAACCAGAAAGAUCCAUCAGGACAUGAUUCAGUCCUCAGUCUUGGUUUCUCUGGGAGCAUUGAUCAAGUUGUGGACGAUGGAGGUUCAACAUCGGCCAAGAAAUCAGGCGGAUUCAUGCCAUCGCUCAUUCUAGCACCGAGAAUGGAAGACUCUGAUUACUCGAGGAGCACGGUGACAUCAUCAGACCGUAAUUCCAAGAAAUGUGCGUUUGAGGGCUGUACGAAAGGCGCCCGAGGAGCUACCCGUCUUUGCAUCGGGCACGGGGGCGGGCAGAGGUGUCAGAAACCGGGGUGCAGCAAAGGUGCCGAGAGCAGGACGGCGUACUGUAAAUCCCACGGUGGAGGAAGGAGGUGUGACUACCUCGGAUGCACCAAAAGUGCCGAUGGGAAGACCGACUACUGCAUCACCCACGGCGGAGGGAGGCGGUGCGGGCACGCCGGAGGCUGCCCGAAAGCGGCGCGGGGCAAGUCGGGACUCUGUAUUAGACACGGCGGGGGUAAGAGGUGUAAGGUGGGAGGGUGUGCCCGCAGCGCGGAAGGUCAGGUGGGGCUCUGCAUCUCUCACGGCGGCGGCCGCCGUUGCCAAUAUGCCGGCGGCUGCGGCAAGGGCGCCCAGGGCUCCACCUCCUUCUGCAAGGCCCACGGCGGGGGGAGACGGUGCGCGUCUCCCGGGUGCACCAAGGGCGCCGAGGGGACCACGCCUUACUGCAAGGCGCACGGCGGGGGGAAGCGGUGCCUCUUCGGCGGCGGCGGGACGUGCCCGAAGAGCGUGCACGGGGGGACGAGCUUCUGCGUGGCCCACGGCGGCGGGAAGCGGUGCGUGGUCCCGGGGUGCACGAAGAGCGCCCGGGGGCGGACGGAGUGUUGCGUGAGGCACGGCGGGGGGAAGCGGUGCGGGGCGGAGAGGUGCGGGAAGAGCGCCCAGGGGAGCACCGGCCUGUGCAAGGCUCACGGGGGUGGGAAGCGGUGCGGUUGGGAGGGGGAGGGGGAGAAAUGCGAGAAGUUUGCAAGGGGGAGAGGGGGGCUCUGCGCUUCACACGGCAGUUUGGUCUAUGGGAGGGGGAGAAGCGGAGAUGGCGGGGGAACCUCAGACUCCGACAUAUUUCCUCCCUUCUCCUCCUCCGGGUCAGGGAAGCCACCGGAGAAGAGCUUUGAAUUCGCUAUUCCGGAGGGGAGAGUCCACGGCGGCGGCCUUAUGUCGUUGUUUGGAGGGAACCUGAAGAACACCGUUGUUUAUAAAGAAUAAUUUAAAAUAAUGAUUUUUUUAGAAACUGUGUUCGAUCACAGUAAAAAUGUAGAGGAUGCAAUAAAUCCAAACGCGGGUAACGCUGUUGCCCGAACUAGGGGAAAACAAAAGUGAAACAAUAGAUUGUACUGAAGAAAAAUGGCGUGUUUAUUGCAGAAUGAAAUUACUUUUUUGCAUCAGUGGUGAAAUUGUAAUUUGUAAUUAUCAAUAUCAAUAAUAAGCACUGUUUUUG